ACCAGAGCCUCGGCAGGACAGCCGCUCGGCUCUUCGCUGCCUCCUGUGGCCCGUUCAGUAGAAGAGAGUCGCGAGCUCCGGGUUGACGCUCGUAGAAUAACGGCGCCUUGCCUGUACAUAGUUUGCAAAGCAGCUUUUUUUGUGAAGCAGGCAACGUUUCAUCUGUGAUUGUGUCGAUUUUGUGAUUGGCCGUCGGCCACCGGCAGCUCUGUGCAGAAGUAGUCCGUGUCCUCCUCGAGGAGGUGGUGACCGGAUUCACGUAUACCAUUUUUGCUACUUUGUGCCGCGACAACGAAAUUCGCUCUGCAUACGGGAAUAUCUCGACAGAUGGACAUCCUCUCAGCGUGGCUUUGGCCGUGAGCGCGUCGCACGACGCUACGUCGUCAGCGUGACCAUUGAUGCUGACCACCCCGCGUCGCCUCGGCUACAGCAGCCAGAAUGAACGCAGGUCCCACUCAGGCCAGAGCAACGAACGACUACGCCUAAAUAGCCGAAAUCCUUAAAGCCGACUCGACUUGAGAGCGCCGACACCAUGACUUCAGCGUGGAGCCAGCUGGACCAGCUGCUCACGUGCGCAAUCUGUCUAGACCGAUACCGGAACCCGAAGCUUCUGCCAUGCCAGCACUCGUUCUGCGCCGACCCUUGCCUGGAAGGGCUUCAGGACUACGCGCGGCGGCAGAUCAAGUGUCCCGAAUGCCGGGCCGAGCACCGCAUCCCGUACAACGGCGUGCAGACGUUCCCCACCAACGUGACGCUGAUGCGGUUCCUCGAGCUGCACCGAGACAUCACGGGCGAAGAACCCGAGCCGCUGCCUUCGUCCAUGGAGCGCUGCCACGUAUGCAGCGAGAAGAGCUACGUGAGCCGCUGUUCGCAUUGCGAGAAGAAGGUCUGCGAGACGUGCAAGGAGGCGCACCUGGACAUCAUGCGCCGGGAGAUCAGCCGCAUCUGCAACCAAGUCCGCAGGUGCCUGAACCGGUUGAACGACCACCUCUCCCAGAACAGCAAGAACCAGGACAAGCUAUCGCAGAAUUGCGCGCUCGUGAAAGAUGAGCUGGACGACCUCAUCAAUCGCUACAUCAAAGACCUGCAGCUGGUGCACAGUAAACUCAAGAACGAAAUAGACGUGUACCUGCAGCAGGAGCUCAAGCAGCUGUCGGCGCUUUCCGAAGAUGUCGAGACAGAAGUUAACAACAUUACAUCUAACUGCGACGUCGUCGAGAAGUACGUCAACGACGACACCGAAUGGACUGACUCGGAGCUCGUGGAGUACAAGGAGAUAUUCUCCAAGACUCUCGAGUUCCUGAGGAACUUCGAUCCGGACACGUCGGAUUUCACGAGAAGGGUCAAGCUCCAGAUCCACACGGACCCUGACGCACUGCAUCGCACGUUGGCCAAUCUGGGAGAGCUCAAGUUCAACACCCCUAUCACGCAGUCAUCCUCGAGUCUCAACAUACCCCAGCUUAACCUCGGUUCGUCCGGAGGCGGCACGGCCAACGCACUGAUGCGCAGUCAGAGCGACCACCGACUCGCAGUGCAAUUCCAAAAGAAGCAGGACUCUACCCGGUCAAUGCUAGACAUUGGUCAGCGAUACGGCGGCCAUCUCAGUGACUCCGACCGAGAUGGCAGCUUUGAGGGUCCUUCUUCAAUGUACUCUAGAAAUCGCGGUAGGGACAAUAGUGAGAACUCUAUUCUUCGAAGGUACGGUCCUGAUCGUGGCAGGGAUAGCGAUAGUGCAGACAGCCGACUCUCAAAUCGCUAUGGAAGUCGGUUCGAAGACCGAUCCUGGAGAGACGAAGGCACGGGUGGAGGUCAUCAUAAUUUCAGAUCUCGUUACGCGCGUGAGCUUAUGGACGACGACUCGGAAGGACUGAGCAGCCACACGAGGAACGUGCGCUUCGAGGAACCACCGCCUCCGCGGGAGAAAGUGUUUGACACAGAUGACGCCACUCGCGGUCCGCUCAGCGGCGUCGUAAAGCUUAGUGAUUCGGCCAAAUUCAUGGAGCGUCUCCACGAAAACCAGAUCAGACAGAAGCAAAAGCAGGCCGAAAAGGAGAGGCUGGAAAACGAGCCGCCUCCUGCUCCGGUGGUUCCCGUGCCGCCACCUAGGAGGCCCCCGUCGAGGCAGCUCAGCGAGGACGAAGUCGACAAGCAGAAGAAGGCGGCCAACCAAGCUGCGGCCGCAACCACCUCGGCGUCCGCGACGUCCCCUCCGCCGCCCCUGGACACGAGGCCGUCGCAGCUCCGACGACUCGUGCCCAAGGACGACGUUUCGUCGCGAGCGACGCCCCCCGACUCCCCGCGAACGCCAACGCCUCGCCAGAGUUCCAUCGAGAGCACGCCCACGCAGUCCAGGAGGAGUUCCACGGCUUCCGAAGACACGACGGCCAGCACGACGACGGCGACCAGCGACUCGAUGCGGUCGCGGCAGCGCCGUGGCAUCGAGGAGGAGCCGCCGUCGCGACGGGAGCUGUCUUCGCCGGCGCCCAAGCCUUCGACGCCCGCCAGGUGCACUCGCGCGCCGCUGGCCAAGGCCGUAUCUCUAGACCACGACGAUCGCCGCCGACCGACGGAUGACAGGAAGAAAGAGGAAGCGAUGACGAGGGCCGGAUCGCUGGGCGGCCCGUCUCCUGCCGCGCACCAGUCGUCGUUCUUCAGCCGUCUGAGGCCGCAGCAAGCGCAGAUCGGCGAAGAGGAAGACACCGAGUCCGAGGCGUCCACCGAAGAAGAGGACACUUCGGACGAGGAGGAAGACGAGGAGGAAGACGAGGAAGAGGACGAGGAAGAGGAGGAGACGGUGGCGGCGCAGCCCGAGAGACCCAAGACGCCCACGACGCCCACGCGGAAGAUCUCGGCGACGCAACAGGCGCCCAAGAAGGAAGAGGAUAUGACCUCGUCCGUGUCGGCGCUGCUCAACAGGAGCGCCCAGGCGCGGCGGGGCAGCCAGGACGUGCGCUCCUCGACACCCACGUCGGGCAGGCACUCGCAGUACGCGAGGGACAAGGAAGAAGAGAGCACCAGGAGCCGCUUGCAGUCCUGGAGAGACACGCCGUCAUCGUCGGUGGACGACCCCACCAUGGUGUCCUCCUCCCGAUACGGCGGCACCUCCUUCCUGGCCAGCCGAAGGCGCGGCGCUGACGAAGACCCGCCGAGAGGGGAGGAGAGCGGUCCCGGAAGCCGCCUGCUGAGCCGCAGCCGGAGCUCGGCGCUCAUGGAUCAGCCGGAACCGCGAGCCGACCGGCGCAAGAGUCAGCAGGAGAACGCCACCACGACGGCGAGGUCGACGGCGGUGAACCCGACGUCGUCUUCGGCAGCAGCGCUGCGUAGGAGCCGACUGACUCGCAGCAAGAGCUCCAACGAGGUGCUGCCUGGAGAGGGCGACAGCGGCGACGAGGCCAACCUGCCGUCGCCGUCGUACCGAAGUCGCUACGGUCAGCCUGAGAGCACCUCUUCUCCCGCUGCAGGCAGCAGCGCUCUGUCCCGUUCGAAAAGCAGCCACGCGGUCAAGGACAGCUCACCGGACGCGGGGGACUACGGCGGCUCAUCGAUCGGUGGUGGGCCCGGGACGUCAUCCAGCUGGGCCCAGUACCUGCGCAACAAGUACGGCUCCCGCGGAGCCAGCGGUCCGGGCGCCUCGGCGGGGUACGGGCCCAAGAGCGUAUCCCGGUCCCGCAGCUCGCACGCGGUCUACAGCCGCAGCGGCAGCGACGACAACAGCUCGGAGGACGAGGAGGUUCCCGCCCGGGGUCGCGGCCUGGACGGCGGCAGUGCCUCGUCGCGCCACGAUGGACAGUACGGCAGCUACGGCUUCCCUCGAAGCAUGUACCUUCAAAAGCGCCGUAUGCAGCUCAAGAUCGGCACGCGAGGAACUGAACCCGGCUGUUUCACGUGGCCAAGGGGUGUCGCUGUCGGACCGGACAACUCGAUCGUGGUUGCCGACAGCAGCAACCAUCGGGUCCAGGUAUUCGACGCGUCCGGCCGCUUUCAGCACGAGUUUGGCACGUACGGCAGCUCCGAGGGCGAGUUCGACUGCCUGGCCGGCGUGGCGGUGAACCGCAUCGGCCAGUUCAUCGUGUCGGAUCGCUACAACCACCGCGUGCAGAUCUUCGACCCGUCGGGCCGCUUCCUGCGGGCGUUCGGCUGCGAGGGCCGCACGGACGCUCGCUUCAACUACCCUUGGGGCAUCACCACAGACUCGCUAGGAUUCAUCUACGUGUGCGACAAGGAGAACCACAGGGUCCAAGUAUUCCAGUCGGACGGCACGUUCGUGGGCAAGUUCGGCUCGCUGGGUUCGCGUCCGGGCCACCUGGAGCACCCGCACUACGUGGCCGUGUCGAACACGAACCGCGUCAUCGUGAGCGACUCGAACAACCACCGCAUCCAGAUCUUCGACGUGAACGGGCGCAGCCUCUCCACCUUCGGCUCCGAAGGGUCGGACGAAGGCCAGUUCAAGUUCCCGCGCGGCGUCGCCGUGGACGACCAGGGCUACAUCAUGGUGGGCGACUCGGGCAACAACCGCAUCCAGAUCUUCCAGCCGGACGGCUCCUUCCUGCGCGCCUUCGGCCAGUGGGGCUCCGGAGACGGCGAGUUCAAGGGACUCGAGGGCAUCGCCGUCAUGCCCAGCGGGAACAUCGUCGUUUGCGACCGCGAGAACCACCGCAUACAGGUCUUCUGAGCAAAACGCAGAUCAGAAGACGGAUCUACGCGUAGACGCAUUGCUGCGCAAUCGUCGCACGUCGUGGGGUGACGCUGGGCCGCUUUCGGUGUCACGACCGGGCCUGUUUCCGGACGGGAGGAGAGACCGGAAGGAGAACCGUCUUGCAAGGAGCAAACACGGAUGGAAGUCGUACUUUCCUUGGCUCCAUAUUCUGUCGGAGAAUUCGUUUCGCCUUUCUCCCCCCCCCUCCUUUUGUUGUUGUUGUUAUUUGGUGAUGGAAGCGAAGGCUGUGAUCAAAGACAUGAGUGUCUCGAGUGUAUACGUGGCGUCGCCGUAGUAUAUGGCAUCAAACUAUAAUAAAAAGGCGAAAAAGAAAACAGUUAUAACAUUAAACUAAAUAGUAAAUACAUGGGGGCACAUUGGUGCGCGUGGCAGGGAAUUGUCGCAGACGUGCUUAUUUCGGAUGCUUGCUAACGUCGCUGACAGAACACCCCGGAGUAUAUGGGCGUAAGAAUUGGGACCCAAAAUAUUGUUGCUUCAUAAAGAAAAGUUUGUACAUUUAAAUUUCCUGCAGAAAUUUGAAGUCAGUCUGCGGGUCAUGACUUCAAAUUGCCCCGCGUAGAGUGACUCUUGUGUAUUUCGCAACGGUUGUCGGUAUGGCCUUCAUAUCUGUCCAUCUUUGAUCAAGGAUAAUAAAACAUGGAAGGCUAAGUGAGUUUACUGCUGAGGAGGUUGGAUCUAUAGGCUAUCUCGUACAACAUAUCCGUAAAUUAGCUAUACAUGUAUGCAGAUGUCUAUAGACAUCAAUGAUACCUGAGUACGAUAUAGCGUACGCUGCCUGCCGUGUUGAGUAUUGUGACGCUGUAUUUGACUUACUAUGGCGUGUUUUCAAUAUUGCGUAUUAUUUUGAUCUGAUGAUUUUGCACUGGUUGCCAAAACUGUGCUUUGCCUUUUUCUGAGUACGCAAAGUAGCUAGCACCAGUGACGUCAUUCGUGUUUUGGGAAGUGAUCAACCUUUAGAAGCUGAAAUGUGUGAUCUGUCUGAGCGACCUUCGUUUUCGACUUUCUUGACACCUGUUUCCUCCUUGUUUUUUGACAACCAAACACGUCGUCUCCUCCAGUUUCGAGAUGUCGCAGCGUUCCCAGAAACGUACGCCGAAAGUGAGGACUUGGCUGUAUCGCAGUUGUUCCCACGUGGAUUCGCAACAGAAUGUCGGGUUUGGCCGUGUGCGUUGUUUUUAGAGUGGAGUGCAGUGAGUUUUGUUUUGAUCAAUCCACGAUCUACGCUGUCGCCGCUUGCUUUCUACGCACUGCCGCAGUAUUAACAAUUCGACAUCACCCCAUGAUGCGAGCAUAUUUCCUCUGUAAAUCUAAACCAACAAUCGCGCACACAUUUACAUGGAACAGCGAGUUGAUUCACUUUACUUUCCUCACAAACAUACGCUUUCUGGAAAGACAUAGCCAGGCAGUGUGCAGCUUGGAGCAAACUCGUUCUGGGUGUACUUUGGAUCACGAACCGAGCAUGCUGUUCGCGAGAUCUUGAAUGCAGCGCGCAUUCAGUAUUCAGAUUCACUUUCUUUUUCUUUCUAUUUUUGUUCGUCGGUCGGCGGCCCUGUGGUUUUUCUUUUUUUGCACAGCAUUUACGCAUGUAAUCAUCUCCUUGUCACAAACGCACAGAUAUCUUGUUUCUUAUUUGUUUUGUUUUGUACGUGCCGUUCUGUUUUUCCUUUACGUUUACCUCAACUCAGUUUGGUCGUCGACGAGGCUUGCGGUGCUGCAUAUCGUCGCUAUUGUCAACCGUACCGAGCCCGAUCUCGACGUAGUGGUUGCAAACGUGAUUCAAAUAAAUUAUUCUAGGUUUUACUCAAGGAGGUUAUAAAAAGGACUUCUGAAGUGCCAAUCGUCGUAGCCGUCACAAGGAAAGAUGGGACAACGACAGGUGAAGCCAUUAGCAGGCGCAUCGAUAUGAAAGAGAGAGAGAAAAAAAAUGCCCAGCCGCUGGUAUCUUGUUUAGAGCGCAGAUAAUUUUACUCUUUGACAAUAUAAUCUAAAAUAAAGAUAAACGUCGCUGCUGCUAACCAAAACACUCGGCUUGAGUGAAAGUGGACUUAACGCGGUCUGUGGUACCAUUUGUCUCGAUGUUCAGUCAUUAUGUAAAAAACUACGGCCCAAGGAAGCCACCCAAGGAAGCCAUUUGGGCAUGGCACAUACCGGCUUCUUUGACUGUCAAUAAGGGGUCGUGUAGUGAAUGCUUCCUUGUGAAGACAGGCAGCCAUAGCGCCCGCGGUAAGACGGUGUCUGCAACUUCACCCGCUACAGAAGUUUUUUUUUUUUUUUUUGGUACCUCCAUAGUUUUCCUCAUUCCCCCCUCAUAGUCAGAAAGAAUAAGUGUAAUAAAAAAAAUGGCGUAAGACCAUCCACUUCCUGGCAUCUCACGUCGCUAGGUUCGCGUAGUGUUAGCCUUAUCUAGUCAGCCCGCCUUUCGCAACUGACGAAUGCUGAAGUACCUCGUCCCGUUUAUUUUGAGCUAGAGAGUAGGGCUAGCGACGUCAGACGCCAGGAAGUAAGCUAGCUUCUCCCGCAUGACCCUCUCCUCUAGCUCGUAGAAAGACGGGUAUCUCGGCGUUCGUCAUUUGUGAAAGGCACCAAAGAGAACGUGCAUGUGUGCGAGUGUAUAUUUUGGACGGCUCUUUCUCGAGCGAUUCAAACAAAUAAAGGCGAGAGCUCUUUGUAUUUAUGCAUGAGUGUGGGCAAGAGUUGAGUGAGUUUCCUUUGUGCGCGGAGAUCUUGCGGGAUGCUUUGAAAUCCGUUGCAGGCUCUCUCUCACAUUUUCUUUUCUUCUUUCUUUUCAUUUCUGUCCUUCUGGCGCGACGCGCAGAAUCAGCGACCUGUUGUGGCGCUGGCAGCUCUUAUUAAUGAGACUAUAGACUGCAGAUUCGGACAAAAUUUGACAAAGUGUUUCCUUUUACAAAAAGAGAGAGAAAAAAAAAGUAAAGCAAGAGAAAAAGAACGAGCGAAGAAAAGUGUGCUCUAUCUUUUUGUGAUCGGGUUCUCGGAAUACCUAUUCUUGAACGGUUCCUUGAUGUCUUUCACGACGACUACGGUGUUGUGAGUACGAAAAUAAAUUUGUUUCCUUUAUUCU